UCUAAACAUCAUUCACAACAACACUACCAUAUAUACCAUGGCUAACUCCUUCUCUAUUUCCCUGCUGACGACCUUGCUCCCUUUCAUCUUGCUAAUCACCAGAGUCAAAUCAGACGCAUUUUCCUUCAACUUCCCCCGUUUUGAGUCCGACACAAAAACCAUACUCUCCGACGGCGAUGCCAACACAACAGGCGGAGUCCUCCAACUAACCAAAAAGGACCUAUACGGCAUACCAUCUAAGAACAGUUUCGGCCAGACCACAUUCUUCGGAGCAGUUCAUCUCUCCGACAACAGAACCGGCAAAGUCGCUGACUUCACCACCGAGUUCUCCUUCGUCGUGAACCCCAAGGGUUCAGAGCCUCAUGGCGACGGCUUCACCUUCUACAUCGCAGGGCUCGACUUCGAUUUCCCGGAAGACCCGAAAGAAGGUGGGUUCCUAGGACUUUUCGAUCCGAAAAACGCCUUCAACACCUCCGCCAACCAAGUCGUUGCUGUUGAGUUUGAUUCCUUCACAAAUGUCUGGGACCCCAGCUACCCGAGCAACUCUCCUCACGUGGGAAUUGACAUCAACUCCAUUCGUUCCGUGGCGACUGCACCAUGGCCGAUUGAUCUUGUACCACAGGGUGAGAUAGGAAAGGCACUCAUCAGCUAUCGCAGUGCCUCCAAAGUACUCAGUGUGUUUGUAGUUUAUCCAAAUAGUCCUGUGAAGAUUGAAACUUUUGUAGCUUAUGAAGUUGAUUUGGGGGCUGUUUUGUCGGAUUGGGUCCUGGUUGGUUUCACUGCUGCAACAGGCUCAGUGUCUGAAACUCAUGACAUUCUUUCAUGGGCUUUCAAUUCGUUCCUCUAGAGCAUAUGCAUCAUACGCAGCUAGCUGGGAAGGAAAAUAAGUGUUUGUUGUAAUGAUGAUAAAUUAAAGUUCUUUCAAUUAUAUGUGUUGUUAUUGUAAUAAUUCUGUUCCCCUAUUAAAGGCUGAAGUGAACUUAUGAAUAAUGUAUGUUGCAUUUACUCUAUUAACGGAUAAAGCUUCAAUACA